ACGUGCGUGCAUGAAGGUCGGAUGACAAUACGCCUAUUCAUAUUAUGUUAUUGUUAUUACUAUUCGGUAUCUUAUCAUGUGUCAUCGCAGCGUUUCCGCGUGUUUUCCGACGAGAUAGUUGUCCUGCAGAUUUGGCGACGACCCGCGGCUGACCACGCAGACAAAAAUCUAUUCAUCGUAAUAAUCAGCAGUAUAAAAUAUGAACACCGUCAUCAUUUCCCAACCUGACUGCAGCGGUCGUAAGCAUUUUUUUUAAGCGAAAUUUCUUUUCCUCUUCACCCGACCUCUUCGGCCAUCCGACCCAGGACUACACCGGGUGGUCCCUGCACCGACGAUGCACCGAUCCACUGCUGUUGCACUAUUGUUGCAGUGCAUGGCGAUCUUCGCAUGCCAACUUAAGUCGUCGUCGUUGGAGGUCCCGAGAUCGCGACGUUCCAUCAUCGGAGCGCCGAUGUUUGUCUGUGACCGAUUCGGCCAUGGUCGACGGGAGUCGGUGGUCGGCUACGACGGACAGUUCAGACAAAUGUUCGAAGAAGCCGCUGACGACGACGACGAUUGUUGUGGCGCUUAUAACUACUCACCGCAGCGCAGCACUGCACAACUGCAGCCGACUGGACCCGAAAAACCGCGGAGCGUAGUAAAUAAUGACGCAUGGUGGUUGGCUGUAAUUGAAAAUACCAAUAGAAAUAAUCAACAAGUACAACAUGAGAUGGACACUAAAGAAGCGUGGAGGAAAUAUCAGUGGGUUUUAUCAUAUAGUCAAUAAUUUAGAUAAGAUUAUUAAUGUAUAUAAUAAUAAUAUAACUACCUAGGUAGUGACGAAUUUAUCUUACAUUAAAUUUUCUUCUGGUGCACGCUAUGUAAAUAAUAUAUUACGAAUACAAUGGUUGUUGUUGUUGUAAUGAUUUUUUUUUUAUCAUUUAGAUAUUUAAAAGCCUGAAGUACAAAAUUCAAUAUGUAAUAAAACUAAGAUAGUACAUUGUAAUUUAUACACAAAUUAAAUUCAUAAUCGUAUGCAUACUGUGCGAAAACAAAUUGAAAUAAAUUUAAAGUAGUUAUAAUAUACUUAUAUCCUAAUGUUAAAAUCCAUAGUAUAACGUAUAAAUAUGAA